AGGAAUGAGAUGCAUCCUUGCUAACAACUGCGAGACAAGCGUGGAGACCUAUGAAUGUAGAUGCAUGCAUUUCGUUAUUGAUGAUAUCCAAGUCUGACAAACAAUACAUAGAAUAGGCUUGUCCACGUUUGAAAUAGCACACUGAUCGCAACCAACAAGGAUGUUUAAAAAAUUCGAUGAUAAGGAAAAUGUAUCCAACUGUAUACAGCUUAAAACCUCAGUGAUCAAGGGAAUCAAAAACCAACUAUUGGAUCAGUUCCCUGACAUAGAGUCAUGGCUCAACCACAUCAUGCCGAAAAAAGACCCAGUCAAAAUAGUGAGAUGCCACGAACAUAUUGAAAUACUGACGGUGAAUGGAGAACUGCUCUUCUUCAGACAAAGAGAAGGACCGUUUUACCCAACUCUCAGACUGCUGCAUAAAUAUCCAUUUAUUCUCCCACACCAGCAAGUAGACAAGGGUGCCAUCAAAUUUGUCUUAAGCGGAGCCAAUAUCAUGUGUCCUGGAUUGACUUCACCUGGUGCCAAACUCUAUCCAGCUGCCUCAGACACAGUAGUUGCCAUAAUGGCAGAGGGCAAACAACAUGCACUUUGUGUUGGGGUUAUGAAGAUGUCUGCAGAAAGCAUAGAGAAAGUCAACAAGGGCAUUGGGAUCGAAAAUGUUCAUUAUCUAAAUGAUGGACUGUGGCACAUGAAGACUUAUAAGUGAUGUCACACCCCUUCUGGACAACGUGGAUCUCUUGACAGUGAGGCCUAGGCAGCCAGUCAAUUGUUUACACUGAUGGACUUAGCUGUGUAAUUAGCUGAUGGCUUUGAAUCAAUCCCCAAUUGAUGCACAAAUAAAAUUCUGCAUUCA